CGCGCAUAGCAUCUGCCGGACCGACCGAUUAUGGCGGACGGGGAGUGAAGAAUGAUUGUCGUCUUUUUUAAAUCGGAAAGGAUCGACAUUAGCCAAUGGCAUAAACCGGGUUUUUUGUAAAAUCUGUACAUUGUAAAUAGUUCUGUGUACAUAUAGUAAUUAUAUUUGUGCUCGUUUUGUUUAGAAAUUGUGUGAAUAGUGUAUUAUUUUGAGUGUUUAUUCUGUUUAAUCUGGACGCCGACAAAUAGCUAAACCUUGAUGUUAGUAUACUGGCAUACCAAACACAACUUCUAAAUUUGAAAAUCCUGUACAAUUAGUUCCCCUGAAAGCAUCGAUUUCUCUUCUCACCUUUGUGUUUCGAUCCGUCAAGGAGACGGUUGCACUUGCAUUAUUUUGGUUGUCCAUAGCGGCUGUCAUCGUGUUUCAAUAAAUCUAUUUAACUGUCAUUACAAGACAAAAGGACUGCUGUAGUCGCUAAAUUGCUUCGAUGCUGAGAUCUGCUCAUCGUUAAAUAGUUUUCUGAUCAUGUAAAUCGAUUGAGCUAUACGUCUCAGCUCGAUUAGUGUUGAAGUAGUGCUACAAUCUAAACAAAGAAGAUAGUUGAAGAUUUUGUUUGUCGUUGUGAAGUAUCAAAGUGUAGUGAAACUGAAUGCUCGAGCCUCACGGUAGCCCAAUGAAGUGGCCGGGUUCGGGAGCUGAAGAAGAGGCGGGCGAAGCUGGGUUGCAAAGCGCUCGCGCCUCACAGACUCGCGCUCAGGACGAUGCCGCCGUUCAUUACGUAUUCCAACGAGAAUCCCAAGAAGCUGAAUUGCCUUCUCUAACUCCUAAACAACGUUGGGCGGUCGGUGAUGAUACAAUUGUAGAGAAUCAAGAUAAAUGGAAGAAUCCUACUCCAAUGAAUAUGAAUAAUAUGCAACAAGGUGCAGUGCAACUGAAAAAUUCCCAGACUAAUCAGCAACAGUUCAUAAAUCAAGCUAUUGCUUCCUCAGUGGGAACCUUGGCGAUAAACCCUUCGGUUAUUGGAAACCAUCAGGCUCAUUUGGCUACAAAUAUGGUUCAUACUCAACUUGCACCAUUGCAAAACCAUACUUUGGGAAACAAUUUGACAAUUCAAAACAGUGCAAUGAUGCUUCCACCUCUUCAAGGAAUGCAGAAUCCUCCCCAGCUAGGACAGCAGGGAUUAUAUGACAUACAUCAACACCCUGGGACUCCAAUGCAGGCCAUGAAUGGUAUUGGGAAAAGUGCAGAACACCUCAUGUAUCUGAGUCAAGCUGGAAUGCUUGCACCGGGGACUAACCAGUUCCUGCAGCAAGGCCAAAAUCAGCUCGGGCUAACUCCUGUUGCAGCCAUCAGAAACCAGAUUGCACCUGCUGCAAAAAAACUGUGGGACAAAGGUCCUGGCGCUGGCGGUGACAGCAAAGGCCCACCGCACCUUCCUCCACUGCAACUCAACCCCGAGCAGAUGUGGCGAGACCCCACAUGGUCUGCACAAGCAGUGGAACACAAUGUUGGAGUGCCUAUGAUGAGCACACGCCGCGGUGUUACCGCUUUUCAAGGUGGUGAUGCUGGCAGUAUUUUGUCGCCGCGAGAUACAGCCGGCCUUGGAGUCAAGAUGGUUGAAUAUGUAUUGGGAGGAUCUCCGACAGAAGCUGGAGGAGUGGCUACCGGUGGUGGUGGUGAAAAAGUGGCUGGCGUCGUGGCCGGCUUGCGCGGAAUGGUCCUGGAAGAGCGUCCUGAAGAUAAAUCGGCUUCUCCAUUUGAGAAAGACCUUCAUGAACUUCAUGAACAUGGACCUCUGCCUAACGGGCUUCAUAAUGGUCAAGAAGAUGACAAAGCUUUCAACCGCACGCCGGGCUCGCGGCAGCCGUCGCCGGCGGAGGAGGAAGCGGGCGCGGUGCGCAACGGGGACGCCGCCGCCUUCCCGCUGCUGCCGCCGCACCACCUGCAGCAGCCGCCGCUGCACCACCUGCCGCACCUCACGCACCCGCAGCCACACCCUGGAAUGUUGGGAGUUGCUCCUCUGCAAGGACUACCACACCCACAACAUCCACAAAUUCAUCCAGGAAUGACUCUGAACGACUCCAUGAAUCAACACAUCGAACUUGUAUUACAAAUGGAACAACAUCCACAAUUCGACAACAACAGUUUUGCAAGUACACAGCAAUACGGCGGCGUGGGCGGGGUGGGAGGCGUGGGCGGCGGCGUGGGUGGCGUGGGCGGCGUGGGCAACGCCGGCGGCGGCGUGACGGCGGCCGCCAACCUCGUCAACGGCGCCGCCGUCGUGCAGUCCGCGCCCGACUCGCAUCAGCAACAUCAACCCUUCGAUGUGCAGCAAUUAUUCCGGUCACAGCAGGCGGCGGCCGCGGGCGGUCAAGCAGCGGCAGCACAAUUACAACUAUUACAACAACAGCAACAACAACAGUUCCAAUUACAACAACAGUUGGCCGCACAACAGGCCUUCACCCAGGCUCCGUAUGUUAUUAAUGCCGGCCAAGAGGGCGCGCCCUACGUCAGUGCGUUGAUAGCGGGAGUGCCGCCGUACUAUGGCGUGGCGGCUCCGUGGGGCGUGUACCCCGGGCUGGUGGCGCAGCCGGCGCAGCAACAAGCGCAACAGCCGAGAAGGCCGCUGACGCCCCAGCAGGGCGAGCAGCAGGUGAACGGACAGGGACAAUACGUGAUUCCGUACUACGACCCCGGCUCGCUGGUGAUGGGCGGGCGCAACGGCACGCCGCUGCGGCUGGUGUCGCCGGGCGGCGUGCUGGCGCCGCGCCAGUACCAGCCCGCGCCCGCGCACCCCGCCGCCUCCGCUGCGCCGCCCACCGCCGCGCAGCCGCAGCCGCAGCAGCCGCAGCCUGGCGGCGCGGGCGGCGCGCGGCGCGACUCGCUGGAGUUCGGCGGCGGCGGGCCGGCGUCCUCGCUGCAGGAGUACGCGCGCAAGUGGGGGCCCUCGCCGCUGUCGCCGCCGCUGGGCGCCGCGCUCGGGCCCGUCGGCCUGCGCCCCGUCUCCGCCGCGCCCGGCGCCGAGACCGCCAAGUACAGAAAUGUCAGCAGUUUAGCCCAAGGUCUCACGAGCAAUGGAAUGUUCGGCUCCUCAUCGUCAUUACUCAGCAAACUCAGUGGAGUGGGCACUAUCUCAGAAUUAGUAGGGGGCGGCGUAGGCGGUGUGGGCGUGGGCGGCGUCGGUGUGGGCGUGGGCGGGGUGGGCGGCGUGGGCGUGCUGGUGGGCGACAAGCCUCCGGCCGGCCGCUCGCGCCUGCUCGAAGACUUCCGCAACAACAGAUUCCCCAACCUGCAGCUGCGGGAGCUGGCUAACCACAUCGUCGAGUUCUCGCAGGACCAGCAUGGAUCUAGAUUUAUUCAACAAAAGCUUGAAAGAGCAACAAUUCAGGAAAAACAAAUGGUAUUCAACGAGAUCAUCGGCGCCGCGUACAGUCUAAUGACGGAUGUUUUCGGAAACUAUGUGAUACAAAAAUUCUUUGAGUUUGGAACUACGGAACAGAAAACCACACUAGCGCAAAAAGUGCGCGGUCACGUGCUGGCGCUGGCGCUGCAGAUGUACGGCUGCCGCGUGAUCCAGAAGGCGCUGGAGUCCAUCCCGGCCGAGCAGCAGCAGGAGGUGGUGCGCGAGCUCGACGGACACGUGCUCAAGUGCGUCAAGGACCAGAACGGGAACCACGUGGUGCAGAAGUGCAUCGAGUGCGUGGAGCCGGCGGCGCUGCAGUUCAUCAUCAACGCGUUCGCGGGGCAGGUGUACGCGCUGUCCACGCACCCGUACGGCUGCCGCGUCAUCCAGCGCAUCCUCGAGCACUGCACGCCCGACCAGACCGCGCCCGUGCUCGCCGAGCUCCACGCGCACACCGACCAGCUCAUACAGGACCAGUACGGCAACUACGUGGUGCAGCACGUGCUGGAGCACGGCGCGGCGGAGGACCGCUCGCGGCUGGUGGGCGCGGUGCGCGGCAAGGUGCUGCAGCUGUCGCAGCACAAGUUCGCCUCCAACGUCGUCGAGAAGUGCGUCACGCACGCCACGCGCAACGAGCGCGCGCUGCUCAUCGACGAGCUCUGCGGCUUCAACGACAACGCGCUGCACGUGAUGAUGAAGGACCAGUACGCCAACUACGUGGUGCAGAAGAUGAUCGACGUGGCCGAGCCCACGCAGCGCAAGGUGCUCAUGCACAAGAUCCGGCCGCACAUCGGCUCGCUGCGCAAGUACACGUACGGCAAGCACAUCAUCGCCAAGCUGGAGAAGUUCUUCAUGAAGGCGCCCGAGCUCGGGCCCAUCGGGCCGCCGCCGCCCAACCCCGUGCUGUAGUGUGUGUAGAGCGUGCACGCCGCCGGGAGGGCCGAUGCGACGGCGCGGGUGUCCCCGCCUAUUAUAAAUUUGUGAAUAUUUGCGAUUGUACAUUUGUAACUAUAGAGCUCGCCUCGAGCGGCUGUACAUAGCAGACUGAUGUACAGGUAACGUAACUAGUUGUACAGCGACACGCCCCCGGCGCUCGGCCGUCGCGUCGCCGCGGCGCUGCGUGCAUUGCGUUUCUAGCUCGUAAGUGUUCUAGUAUUAUUCGUUGUUCGUAUGAAUCUAUGUAUAAAUAUUUGAACGUCUCUCAUUCUCGUGUAAUUUAUAAAUCGAAGGAAUGCUAGUGGUCUUGCGGACACGCGCGAUUCCGUAAUUUAGCUCGUUGUAGAUUUACUAUUAGCUGGGCUAGGGGACCUUGAAUCUUCGAUGAAGAAAUGCCGCAGGCAGUUCUAGACAAUCGGCACUAUAGUCGUGAUUAUAUUAUUAUUUUGUACUAUUCUUCAAGUCAAGCUCUCGUUUAAGUUAAAAACCGGCUUUAAAAUCGUACAUAGUUUAUCGAAUAUUGUUUAGUGCCGGAAUGUAUAGUUUGUCGAUUAUAAUUUUGUGAAAAUGAUAUUUUUGUAUAUUUUUAUGUAAUUAAGUUAUUUAGUUAAUGUGCCUCCGACGGAGAUCGGAGCGAGCGCGAUCGAGUGGGCGAUGCUUUGGUUAGCGUAGGUAGGUUAUAGUGAUGAUUGUAAAGUCCUGUACUGAUAGUUGUAGUCCCGAGGUCUGCCUUGCCGGUUGCACGUCACAAGCGUAGCUGCUCCUCAUUCCCCUGUAAUUAUUUUUUAUAGGAAGCGUAGUUUCCUACGACACCUCAAAUUUUUUACGUCUAGAUGUAAUUGAAAAUAAAAUUAUUGUAUAUGGCUGUACAAAAAGUUAACAAAAUGAUUUGUAAAACCUUGUAUGUGAUGGAAUAAGGCGAGGCGUCCAGAGCGGCGAGGUCUGACUGGUCGCGGCUCCAGCCGCCCCGCCUUGUAGGUUGUACUAGAUAACAUUUAUAUGAUGAUCCAUCUAUUUAGACAUUAAUUAUAAUAAAGCAUUUCUGUAAUAAUAUUACAAAG